AUGGGGAAGAAGAGGAAGCUCGGUCAGCAGGCAGAGGUCGCCGAAGCCGCGACCCCCGAGGAGGUAUCCGCGCCGCAGCGGCCCAAGCGGACGCUCUUGGGCUGGAAGGACGGGGCAGUUGGCCCCGUCCAAGAAAACAGCAGCAGCGGCGCCGCCGGCGCCAGGGGCGGGGUUCCGGUCUUCAGAAAUAAGGAGAAAGUGUUGAUAACUUGCUCCCGGCGAAUCAUGUCCAGGUAGCCCUCCCUUCAUCGCCUGGUUAAAUCAUUAAGCUACCUUGUUUCCCGUGAAAUUCUUCUCAAUCUUUUCAUCAGUUGUCUGCUUGAAUGGGUUUCAGGUACCGGCAUCUGAUGCUCAACGUAGUAUCGCUGUUGCCGCACUGUAAGAAGGACAACAAGGUCGAGUCCAAAUCAAGCAAAGGAGCGACUCUCAACGAGUUGGUUGAGCUUCGCAAUUGUUCCUACUGCAUGUUCUUCGAGGUAGUUGUCAAUCGAAGGUCUUAGGUUUUUAUUUAGUUAUGUGUAUCCGUGCACAUCUUUUUCUGACUUUAGACUUUGUCUAACAGUGUAGAAAGCAAAAGGAUCUUUAUCUUUGGAUGGCUAAAUGUCCCAAUGGGCCAUCUGUCAAAUUCUUGGUUAAUGCUGGUAUGGCAAAAGAUUAAUCCAAUCUUUCUCUGUUUUUAUUAAGGAUUCAUGGAUUCUCAUUGGUAUUAGUCUUAAUCUGGCAAUUAGGAUUACUAGUGGGAAAUACUCGCCCAGUUGCUUUUUCUUAAUGUAUGUUGACAUCUUACGACCUAACAUGCUCUCCUGUUUACUGCAGUGCAUACCAUGGAAGAGCUGAAGCUCACUGGAAAUCAUUUGAAGGGUUCACGACCAAUCUUAACUUUCACAACAAAUUUUAAUAAAGAUCCUCAUUGGAUGCUUUUAAAAGAGAUGAUCACGCAGGUACGCCCUUUGUUUCUGACAAGGGGUCCUUUUGGCAGUUUGUGUUACAACGCUACAUUGCGUUCUUUAUUUAGGUUUUCUAAUGAAUACGAAGAUAUUAAUAUUCCUAUUUCUGCUUGCAGAUAUUUGAGACCCCAAAGGAUCAUAGAAAGUCUAAGCCUUUCCACGAUCAUGUGUUUGCUUUCGCCAUUGUUGACGAUCACAUAUGGUUCCGUAAUUAUCAGGUAGAGAGAUGAUCAUUGCAUUCUCCUUUUAUUUAUUUGAAAUUUAGCUUGUUUUGUAUUCUUGGAUAAACGUCAUGCAUUAACGUGGAUCGGGUAGGUCUAACAGAUUAUCUAAAUCAAUUGUAGUCUGAUAGAUACUGUGCCGUGCUGCCUCCAACUGUUAUUCGUGUUUUCAGCGAUAGUCAUAUCAGUCCCACGCAUCUAUGUUGUCUCCCAUGUUUCUUACACUAACUCGCUACGACUUCUUGAUUGCUAUGCCAAUAGUUACCGUAGUCAGCACGACUCUAGAGCUCAGAAGCUGACAUGUUCUUGUUAGUGUAAAAAAAUUCUUGACUGCAACUAAUUUUUUAGACAUAAAACACGUCUUCCAGCUUAUUCUUUAGAAUGAUUCGGUUGCACCUUUUUAGAUGUGAUAGGUCUGUCUCGGGAUAUAUAUAUGCUGUUGAGAAAACAUAGACAGACGGAGGAGAAAAUUCUGCAGUCACGGAGGAUAGAGGAGAGGGACGGUGGAAACCGCCUCCACCCAUCAUCGUCCUCUCACUUUCCUGGAAAGGGAAGGAAACCGUAUAAAACAUUUCUCAAAAUACCCUUAGAACUUCCAACAUCUACCUAUGUUGGCAUCCAUUUGUGUGGUGACUAACAUCGCUCUCUGUAGAUGAGAGUUGGGUUGUGAAUCAAAUUUGCCCAAGUCAUGAAUGCAAAUCGAUGCAUCUUUUGAAAUAUUGCUCUUCUGACAGGUUCUGGACAAUUUUGUCUGGUGGUUCUGUUCACAUCAUUAUCGGCUUGCCUUUCCAUCAAAGAAGAAAGAUAUGCGAGUCUUUUUAAGAUGCUUUCAGCUCUUUGAAAUGUUAAACUUCAAUUGUCUAGGAACUGGAGACCUUUUUAUGCAAUGGUAGGUGACAUAGUAGUUGUUUAGGUGAUGCCUGGGGCAACCAUGUGGCCCUGAUGCCUAUAAUGUCCGGGUCACCUAGAACAUGGGCUGAAUGUGAUCAUUUGUAAUAAAAACGACCUUGGAUGCAUUAUGUCGGUAGAGAGGGGUGAAGCGUGAUUGAAAACCUUUUUUGCACCUUUCCAAUUUUUUCACCUUUCCAAUAAAAAUGAUCUUGGAUGCAUUAUUCGUAUUUUUUUUAAUUUUAUUAAUAUUUAAUAAAUAUUUGAAACUGUCCAUUCUAUCUCUUCCUGGAAACUUAGCAUUCUGAAAUAAUCAAAUCACUAUAUUGUCUCUUAGAAGCACAAUUCUUUUACAAUUGGCAUGAUCCGUAGCUUAGCUACAGACAUUAACUCUUCACCAAAUAUUAAAGACCUUUGUUGAAUCUUAUCCUACAUUAUCUAAUGAAUUCUUUACCCUUUUUUUGUCCCUGACUUCCUGUAUGCAUGUUGUGUACUCUAUUUUGGCCUUUUGUGUUUCGCAGCUAAAAUGAAACUAGGACUUUGGAAUUAGGUUUGCUUUCCCUUACGCUUUGCACUUCUAUCACUUCGACUUUCGUGGGAAGUAUAUAUUAUGGCAGUCAGGAAUCAUGAGGCAAUAAGAAACAGUGUGAUAACUCAAUGAUAAUGCUAGUUUCCCCUAAUUUUUCGACCAUUUAUGCAUUUAUAAGAAAUAACACUUUUUUUCAGUUGGAGAUGAUAAUGGUGCUUGUUUUAUUUCCCGCUUUUGAUUCUGUCCUUGACAUCAAAUGGUCAAAAUUUCAGAUUGUCAACCAAGGUGGAAUAGAAGAAACAACCCUGGUAGAGGUAUGUUGUGGGUUCUUAAAUUGUUUUCAAGUGUACACGAUUGAUAACCUCUGCGAGUCAAUACGGUCCUCCAUCAUUUAUGCAGGUUGGUCCGAGAUUCUGUCUGAACCCAAUCAAGAUAUUUGGUGGGAGUUUUGGUGGCCCAACACUGUACGAGAAUCCAUUCUACAUAUCGCCUAACCAGGUAAUUUUCGGAUGGUUCUUAGGUUUAGACUGAAGAUUACUCUAGGAAAAAGUCAAGAUAGCAGUUGAUAUGUUCCAUGAAUCGUUAUGGAUGUGGCUGUUAGCAUUGAAUAAUCUCUGAGGUUCCCAGAAAUGCCGUUCCAUGUGCUGUAAAUUUCUACGAGAGAACCUGCAGUAGCAGUAAUAAGGCAUCUAUCAUUAGAGUAGAGCACUGUGUGCUCAUCUUUCAUUCUUCAUCCAAUUCAUUGUGCUGCCCCCUUGUUUAAAUCAGUAAUUAUUUGUCACAGCCCGUAAUGGAUCAUCAGCAUCUUCUCUAUACAAGCAGCUUGCUGCCAUCAGCUGCCGUUAGCUUGAUGGAAAUCUAAUAUCUCACCAAUUGUAAAAAAUACAGUCUCACGUAGGGAUAAAAAUUAGAUUUUAUUUUUUUUGCUAAUUUUGGUCUGAUCUGCCAUUUUUUUGGAAGGAAAUUUGAUAUCCCACAGUUUUGUAAAAAUAUGGUCACAUGCAUAGAUGAAGAGUGGAUUUUUUGCCCUUUUUUGCUAAUUUAUUUUUCUCUGGAUCCAUCAUCCAUGGUGCUCAGAUCCGGGCUCUGGAGAAGAAGAAGAAGGCCGGGAAGUAUGCCACAAAGGUCAAAGCGAAGACAAGGAGGAAGAUGCACGAGCUUGAAAAUCCUCUCGAGCCCGACGAGUUUGCUGAUCUUUGGAGAGAAUAA